CGUACUUAUGUUAGCGAAAGUGAUCGGAGCAACCCAUUUUACGCGUUCAAAAAUGCAGCUUGUUCUGGUGAUGUUUCUGUCAGUGAAAUAGGUUUAAUAUGAUGUGGUGUUUCGUAGACCGCCGUCAGAUGUCAGCUCUCUUCUCGAUGUUUGUUUUGAAUGGAUUAUUGGACACUGUUUGAUACAGCCUACUCCAGCGUCAGGACCUGCAGGUGUGACCAAUCAGAUGCCAGCGGAGGCUCAAAGCGACCAAUCAGGGAGCAGCAGGGGGAGGAUGCGCAGCUUCAAGUGUGGUGGCGACCCAGCAGUGCAGUGACAAGAGGGAUAUGUUGAUGUGAAACUGCGAUUUAAUGUUAAAUGGACGAAGCAGAGAGAAAAAAACAGAUAUCCUGCGUGAUUAUCGACUGUCAAGUGCACUGUGCAAUGAUAACUAAGGAGGCUCAAUCUUUGUUUUCAGAUGAAGCGCUGGUUCGGCUGUCUAUAUCCACCUGUUGCACACAGAAAACAAGUUAGGGGAGAGUGGGGUAAGAUGAGUCAUUUUCCUAUUUCGGAUCACUACAUCAAGGCAAUCAAAGUUUUGUCUCUCACUAGUGUAUCUGCAUUUAUUUCAAGAUGUUGUGCAUCCCUGCAAGCCAACAGAAUGAGUGUAAACAUACCUGUCCUGAUAAUAUAGCGUGCAAAAAAAAAAAAAAGGCCCUCAAGCCUUCUCCUCCUCUUGCACCCUAACCAUGGAUCAGCAGAGAACAAAAGGAGUGUGAAUGUGAGUUUGAUUUUGUUUGAUUCUCCCAAUUUGUAUUAUUUCUAGUAUAGUUUAUUGUCUAAAAUUAUUUCACAAGAUUGCUGUCCAACUAACCCCAAAUUUAUUGAUGAUUUAAAGCCCUGAAGUGGAUGCAUUAAUGAUGUAAGCUAAGUUAACAAAUUUACACAUUAAUUUAACUUUAUAAGUCCUUUUUUAUUUAAAUAUUUUAUGUUGAUACAUCUUAUUUCUAUUUCUUUGAUUGAUUGUUUGAACAGAAAAAAUCAGCCACAGAAGACAAAAGAAAUUAAAACUACUCCCUUCACCCAUGUGCUUCUAACCUUCACAGACUCCAUGAAUUGAUGCCCAUCUCCUAAGUAUUUGGUUACAUGAUCAAUUUCUUUAACCAUUUCCAAGCAACAGGAGGUGGCUGAACUUUCCCUUUGGCUCAACUUACUCCACUCUCCCCCACCAAAGAUAUGGACAAAAAUUUGAUUUUAAAGACUAAUUUUGAGCUUGCAGCCAACUUUAAUGAUCACGAGGCAAAGAGAAGCAGAAUUUAGAAUUUUGUAAAUUCUGAGAUUCGACUGAUUAUAGCAAGACUCAUGACAAAUACACCAAAAUAAUUUAACUGCACUUCCUAUGACACAAGAUUGCAUAUCAUGUACAAGUCUGACUCAAACAGCAAAUGUAAAUGAUUCAAGAGCUGUUCUGGUUUUAUUAGAGGGCAUAUAAUGAGACAGACUUCAGUUAAAUUACAAUGACACUUAUUGAACUCACGCACAUUCACCAUAGAAACAGAAAAACGAUUUAACAAAUACUGUGAAAAGGUUCCUGCUUUUUUCUAACAUCGUGGAAACACGUUGCUUUAAAGUAGAGAGAGUGUAAAUUUGAAUUACAAAGGAAUUACAAAGUAUGGAUUGUGAAGAUAUUUUGUUUUAUUUUCCUGUAGGAUCUCUUCAGCUUCUGAUGUUGCACUUGUUUAGCAGUGAGAACUGCAAUGUUAGAGUUCAAAUUUUCUAUAAAAUUUCAAAGCAUAAGCAGGAUAGUAUUAAAAUUUUUCUAUCAAAACACAAAGCUUAUACACACUGGAGUAGAUUUACAGUUUAUUGUUGAAUUGUAGCUUUAUGAUACAAGCAAGUCACUACCUUUCUAAAUAAGUAAUCUAAGUUUCAUCAGGUUUCCUAUCAAAGAUUACAGAAUAAUAGUUGAGGCAACAACAGCUUUCAUCUGUCUUUUACAACUGCAAAGCUGCAAUGAUGCGUCACCCUUGUUAUUCUGUGUACAGCUUCAUUUAAGGCACACUUGAAUAAAAUGUACACAUAAAUUACAAUAAAUAAGAUAACUUCACCCGUUAUUUGGUCACAAUAGAAAGAGAAUGAAUACAAUGUAAUUCUGAGAACAUGAACAGGCAGGAUAAUGUGGAGUGAAACCUGCUAUGAGACACACUGUAAUACUUCAAGUCUUUUGAGACAGUCUGCAGCUACACUAUUUAACAUUUUUACAUAGUUAUCUCUGUUUAAGACCCAACAACAACCCUGAAUGGAAGAACGGAUCACUGUGUAUUCCCAUCACAGAAAAUAGGAACAAAAUUGCUUUAAACCCAUGGAAGUGAGUGAUUACAUCUCAGAGUAAAUACAGAGUAAAGGCAGUAUGCCUGAAGGCACAACACUGUCUCUAUCCACUGUCCUACCACUGAGGCCGUGCCUGUGAGUCCAUGUUUAUUCCAGUUUCUUAUGUACAUUUUUGGAGUGAAUACAACUGACAUCUUCUCAAAAAAAGUAAUGCUUAUCAAAGGUAUUAGAAAAAGUUAAAAGUGUGAAGACAGGAGAUUAAGGCAGAGUGAGAGGACAGCUCAAACACCCAGUGGACACCUGCUACUGGGAUGAAGGUUGGUCUUGUGCAAAAUAAAACAUCUUGGCCUUUCAAAGUCCUUGAAUGCUUUCAAAAAACUGUUAAAAUAAAACGUUUAGUCUGUCUUUAGGCCAGGCUGGCUGUGGGAUGCAUCAGGGGAUCUGGAUCUGACAGGUGGUUGCGCCAGUUUGACCGGCAGAGCAGCAGGAGCCACUCCAUCGUUGUUGACCAGAGCUCCAUAGGAGAAUGAUCCAUUAAAAUCCGGCUGAACAACCAGGCCUUUAUCAUGGAUGACUGGGACACCUGGGUUGAGAGCACAGGACAGAACAGAUGAAGUUCAAGUAAGUCAAAAUGGAAACACAUCAAUAUAAACAUCUUAAAUUAGAAAUGUAAAGUUAAAACAAACCAUUUGCCAUAUCCAUGGUGACAUACGGCUCAAAGGAUUUGCUCUUUUUCCUGUUUUUGGUAAUGAGAAAGACCCCCAGGAAACAGAAUGCAGUUCUGUACAAAACACAAAAGGAAACGAGAAAAUAUUGCAAGUUUUUUUUUUUUAUAUUUCACUGCAAGUUACUUUAAGUCCUUGUCAAAUGCUUGUUUUCUAUGAUUGAUUGUGGCUCUACAAUAACAUUAUAAGCCUAAACAGUUAACAACAUAAACAUUACCAGGACUUUAAAACUGGCACAGAUAAAUACAAGUCAGCUGUUGUCAAUUUUGUAUCUUGUACCUCAAAAUGUUUUUGUCUGAAAAGACCCAUGAUGGUUUUACACUCACCCCAACAAGUACAUGCAUAUAUGAAGGACAUCUUCAUUCUUAAACUCCAAGUAAAACACAGCUCCUGAAACCAGAAGAGAAGAAGGUUCUAUGUUGUGACUGCAGAGGCAUCAGGAAUGAGCAAAGCAGCCCGUUAAUGAGACCCCAGAGCGCUCCUCUUUGUCCGGUGUGCCGAGCAGCGUUUUGAAUUUGCCUGUCAAUCCAGGCACAAUUAAAAUCAUCAGCCAAGAAUAUCAUGACUCACCUGCUACAACAGCCAAGAUAGUGGAAAGGAUGUAGUUGACACUGGCGAUCAGACAGGAGUCAUACAGUUUACAAGCAUGGGACAGAAAUCUAAAGAGGACAAAUCAGACAUGAAAACAUAAACAAUGUAGGAGUUAAGGCGAAAAGCACUGUGCAAACCAAACUCUUUGCUGAUUUCAGGAAACUGCAACGUCGCUUCCACUCACCUGGCCUGGAAGAUCACUGAAGCCACCAUGCACACAAACAUGACAGAAAAGAUUGGGUAGUCCAGCUGCAUCGUGCCCUCAAAGGUGAGAACCAGCAUACCUGACACCGCCUUCACUGUGAUGACUGUGACCGAACCUGUGAACCAAUGAAGUAUGUUCGGUUAAACACAGAGCAAACAGAGCUGAGGUACUCUUGGAGCAUAAAAUAUGACAAUGCAUUUUGAAAAUGUAUUGCAGAUACUCCAUUUCACAUAAAUCACAGAAUUGAACAGCUUUGAUGCCAGAGACUCACCCAGCAGAGCGACCAGCAUCAGAAUAACAACGAGGUAGUUAGCACGGUGCUGUUUAUAGAAAUACAACAGCAGGCAGAAUGUGAUGAUCUCCAGGAGCUGUCAGUGAAAAUAAAACCAGAAGUUAACACCUUAUAAAUAUUAUAUCAACAAAGUAAAAUACACAAGUAAGCUUGGCAGUGACUGACAGAUCCAAUAACAGCUCAAAUAAUCAUAAAGCUAGAGGCGAAUAAUUAUGAGAUAUAAUAGGUGAAGGAUCAGAUAUUUACAUUAGGUGAAACAAAACAAGCACUAUAAGAAGAAGAUAUAGUUAACAGAAAAAACAAACACAAGUAGAAGAUUCUAUACUGCAGCUCUGCAAGGCGUACCAGUUUAUUUAAGCUCAGUUUAAUCGCUGCAUCUUAUAUUGUUGAAAAGGAAAUAUCUCACAUAGUGUCUCUCAGCUGAAAUUCACAGUUCCUUUUAAUUAUAAACUCUGUUCCACUUUGCAAAUGCAGUUAUUAAUUAUUUGGCAUACUGCAUUAAGUUAUUGUCUUAGAGGCUUUUACCUUUUGCCAGUUUAAAUAAAGAUGCUAUGUCUGUGACUAAUGCAGCAGAAAUUCAGGGUGGGACCAGACAACCUUUCUUUGUCUCUCUCUUUAAAUGUUAAUAAUGCUGCGGUGUUUCUUAGACUCUGGCUGCUGAUUCCACCUGAUCUGACUCACUUGUGCUUUUAUAAUUAUUGGCACUGUUGAACAGCAACUACCUGAAUGUGUCGGUAAAGACUCACACGUACACAAGGUGAAGAGACAUUUAAGACAAUGAAGGAAAAGGAUGCAAAAGGGGACCAGUUCCCAUUUUUAAACACAAUCUCUAUUAUUGUUUGGCAGCAACAUCUGACUCAGCAGUUUCAUUUCAGUUCAUGUACUCAGUGGUGGUGUAUUAAAAUGAACUCACCAGGUACAAGAGUACGGGCCAUCCUACAAUGUGCUUCACAAUGUUUUCAGCUUUGAGUUUCUCAUGAGAGUUUGGGCCAAAUGCUACAAAGAGAUAUGUUCCUCCUAUGGUGAGGAUGACUCCGAGGACGGACAGUCCAAAACGCUCUGAAAUAACAUUGAAAAGCCAAGCAGAGAUAAAUAUGUUAGGACAUUCAACACAACAUGAAAACUAUAUGGAAAAAAAUCACAUCCUUGUUGUAACUGACACAUACUUUCCCUUUCAAAGUUAAAACUACAUAUUUGACUGACAUCAUUUCUGAAUCAGGUUGAUAACAGAUUUCAAUACAAUGGCAUAAGCUUGAUAUACUGUACAUGUAAGUGUAAGUGCUACUGCACUCCUAUCAUUACUGACAGCUAUACGCUAAACUUACUUGCAAAGUCCUUGGGCUUGGAUUUUUCUCGUAUAAAAAUGAGGCCCAAAAUUGAGCUUGCUGAAAAACAAAGAAAAGAGGAAACUGUUCACAAAAAAUGUCUUUUGCAAACACCCUUUUUUUUUUUUUUUUAAACCAUCAUUUCAGUGGUUUUGUUUACACAGAUAUUGUUUCAAUGAUUAUAACUGUAUCUAUUUCCAAAAAAGCUGACACAAAAACAUAACAGGACAUUAACCAAACACUCACAAAGGACAGACACAGCAUUAAGAGGUGCUACGAGAGCCAGGGGAGCGAAGGCAUAAGAGACAAAGUUUGCCCCCUCUCCGAGACAGGUCAGCACGAAACCACACCACCAGGUUUUGGUGCAGUAAAAGGCACGCGAGUCCUUGGUUCCUGCUAAUGUCACGUGGCUGUAUUUCUGAGAGAGAAAGACACAAUGACAAGGGUAAACACAAAGACUACAGCAGAAGUAAGUAAAGCAAAGCAAACAAAAUAAGGAGGCCUUAACCAAACAUAUGCAGAAAAAAAGGUUUUGCAGUAAGGAUGGGCUUUAGACGAAUACAAUUACAGAUUUAAUGACUGAGAGGGAACAUUGUAAUAGUAUCAGGUCAUAUUGAAGACUGAUAAGAAAUACUGUUCAAUAAAGGGUUAUUCUAACAAUAUGACAAGCACAGACAUCUAAUUAGACAUGACAAAUUUAGAGUUCAGCGGUAAAACUCAAAUCUAAACACAAAUAAAAAUGCUUAUGUGACAAAUGUGGCACUAAAAUAUACAUUAGAGGAUACUGAGGUGAUUCUUACCUGAAUUGUUAAAGAGAUGCUGACGAGCAAGUUCCCAAAAAUAGCCAAUAAAGUCCCGAUGAGAUUAUCCUGAAUAGAAACAGAUCAUUAAAUCAAUAAAGUUAGGUUACCUUAGAGUCCUGUCACACAAUAGUGUAAUCCAGCUCAUAAACAAACACGUCUUUUGUGUGUCUUUGUUUACCACUUCCUAGUAAACUUCGACCCAUCUGCACUUUAAAAUCUUAUCUGUACGGGUUAAGUGCCAUAUUGAAUGUUAAACGUAAACUGAAUAGACACUUGAAAUAGCAGUUUAAUGGCUAAAAUAAGACAAAAAAUGAAGUACACAGACGAUUAAAAGCUCAACAACUGUUUUUGUGUCUCACCGUGUAAGAGCCUCCGUCGGCUCUGCUAAAAUCCAUCUUACUUUCCUUCAGCGGCAGUUUAUUAAUCUCUCACAGUCAGCAGGCAUUCAAUAACUAGAUAUUUUAUCAUCCCACUGAGAAAUUAUCUUUUAAUUCGCAUUUCUUUGGGUUUAUCCGACUCUACGCUGAGGAAGGCACCAUCUUUAGGACCGAGGUGCAUCUCACUUCCGGGGCUCGAGUCCACCUGCUUCGGGCUACGCCUUGACGUACGGCGGUGACGCAUGGACCACGUGACGGGAAGGUAGACAAGAUGUCGUCUAUUUUUUUUUUUGUAAUUGAAUUAUAAACAAACAAACAAGGCCUUUAUUUAUCAUAAAAGAAAAAUAUAGAAUACGUGCCUUAGAUUGAGCAUAAAUAACAUCAAAAGAGAGAAAAAAAAACAAUUUCAAUGUUAGAGGUCAUUCUAUAUCAAUUCGAACAUUUCUAGUAAAGAAAAUAGACGUAGGGCUUUCUUGUCUGUAACAAGUUUUAAGGAUUUACAAAAAAGUAGCAGCUCAUUCUUCCAGUGAGGUAGGCAUGGUCUUGUUUUAAAAUAUCGACACUUGUGAAUGAAGAACUUCCCCAAAAGCAACAAAGCAUUUAGAACAAAAUCCAAGUUCCUAUCCUCAUUAAAAACACCAAACAAAAUAGUUUCUGCUGACAAACGGAAGUCAAUGUUUUUGGACCACAACCAGCUCCACGUUACUCCAGAAGGGAUGUACCGCACUACAGUGAAAAAACAAAACAAAACACAUGGCUCAGGUUUUCAACAUCCACAUCACAAAACACACAAUUAUUUGCUUCAAAGUUAAACCUUAAUCUUGAAAAUGUGUUUGUAGGAUAGAUUUCAUUCAAGAUCUUGAAAUGGACUUCUUUUGCCUUUGGGAAAGGAGAUAUAAUUCUUUAUCUUUUAAAUCUUAUCCAAAUCAAAUUGCUUCAAAAUAUACAUCCUUUUAUUUGGGCUAGAGUAAUAUUCGUUUACCAGCGUAUUCCGAGAGCUUUGUUGUUAAAUUUUCGACUGUGGAAUAUCGAACAUCUUCUCUCACCAUCGCCCUCAGAGAGAUGGGUAUUGCAUUUGUCAUUUUUGUAUAUUCCUUCACAUUACAUUGUAUUUGGUAUUUUGUUCAAAAGUUGCAACAAGUUCCCAUUUUCAUCUAACAAGUGAGCAACAGCCCAGACUUCUUUUGAAUUCCAUUCAUCCUUAUAAACUGAAUUUCUAUUAAUCAAUAUGUAUCUAUCAUUCCAGAUUGGUGUAUUGUGUGGAGUAAAAUUAUGACAGUAAAGCAAUUUCCAGUAGAGACCUGGUGAGACUGCAGCCCAUUUACAUACCUAUGGUGAAGAAACAACCCCCCACCAUCAGGUAUGUUAAGAGGUGGUCUGAGGAGGCCACUGAGGCGCUGCAGGACUGUUUUGAGACCACAGACUGGGAUGUACUGUGCGGCCCACAUGGUGAUGACAUCGACACCAUGACUGACUGCAUCACGGACUAUAUUAACUUCUGUGUUGAGAACACCGUACCCACCAGGAAAGUACGGUGUUUCUCCAACAGCAAACCCUGGGUGACCCCGGAACUGAAAGUCCUCCUGAAGGAGAAGAGGAGGGUCUUUAAAUCUGGGGACAAGGAGGAGCUGAGGAGGGUGCAGAAGGAGUUGAAGAAGAAAAUCAGAGAGGGAAAGGCCAGCUACAAGACCAAGAUGGAAAACCUUUUGCAACAGAACAACGCAAGGGAGGUCUGGAGAGGCCUAAAAUCCAUCUCAGGUCAUAGCAGGGGCCAUGAGAGGGGAUCUGAAGCAGGAGACAGGGAGUGGGCCAACGAGCUGAAUCUGUUCUUCAAUAGAUUUGACUCUACUCCCACUCCUCCCCCGACUCAUCUAACCAACGACCCGUCUGCUGCUCCUCCUUCUUCUUAUUCUUAUUCACACCACCUCAGUCCCAUGGCACCGACACCAUCAACCCCCUCCACUCAUCCUCCACCACCCCCUCCAGCACCACCCCCAGCCUCUCCAUAACAGCUGACCAGGUGAGAAGUGAGCUGAGGAAGAUGAAGCCAAGGAAAGCCACGGGUCCUGACGGCAUCAGCCCCAGACUCCUGAAAGACUGUGCAGACCAGCUCUGUGAGGUGCUACUGCACAUCUUCAGCUUGAGCCUGAGUCUGGAGAGGGUCCCAACACUGUGGAAGACUUCCUGCGUGAUUCCUGUCCCCAAGACAGCGCACCCUAGGGAGCCCAACCACUUCAGACCUGUGGCCCUCACUUCUCACCUGAUGAAGACUCUGGAGAGGAUCGUGCUGAGGAACCUCCGCCCCCUGGUGAGCUCUCAUCUGGAUCCUCUGCAGUUUGCGUACCAGCCGAACAUCGGGGUGGAUGACGCAGUCAUCUACCUGCUGCAGAGGUCCAUGGCUCACCUGGAGAACACUGGCAGCACUGUGAGGGUCAUGUUUUUUGACUUCUCCAGUGCGUUCAACACCAUCCAGCCUUCACUGCUCAGGGGGAAGCUCGAGCGGGCGGGAGUGGACUGUCACCUAGCCGCAUGGACCGUGGACUACCUCACCGACAGACCACAGUUUGUGAGGCUUCAGAACUGUGUAUCAGACACGGUGGUCUGCAGCACGGGGGCUCCACAGGGGACAGUGCUCUCCCCCUUCCUCUUCACCCUGUACACCUCAGACUUCAGCUACAACUCUGGGAGCUGUCACCUCCAGAAGUUCUCUGAUGACACAGCCAUCGUCGGAUGUGUAUCGUCAGGGGACGAGCGGGAAUACAGGACUGUCAUCACUGACUUUGUCAACUGGUGUGGCACAAACCACCUCCAGCUCAACGCCAGUAAGACAAAGGAGAUGGUUGUGGAUUUCCGCAGGAGGGGGACACCUCAAACAGUUCCAGUGAACAUACAGGGUCUGGACAUCGAGAUGGUGGAGUCCUACAGAUUCCUGGGUGUCCACCUCAACAACAAACUGGACUGGUCAACAAACACAGACGUUCUGUACAAGAAGGGCCAAAGUCGUCUCCACCUGCUGAGGAGACUGAGGUCCUUUGGAGUGUGCAGGACUCUGCUCAGGACUUUCUAUGACUCUGUGGUAGCAUCUGCACUUUUCUAUGCAGUGGUCUGCUGGGGGGCAGGGAGCACCGAGAGGGACAGGAAGAGACUGAAUAGACUGGUCAGGAGGGCCGGUUCUGUCCUGGACUGCUCUGUGGACUCCCUGGAGGAGGUGGGUGAGAGGAGGAUGUUAACAAAGCUUAUAUCCAUCAUGGACAAUCCCUCUCACCCACUGCACCAGACUGUGGGGGCUUUAGGCAGCUCCUUCAGCAGCAGACUGAGACUCCCACCCUGCAGGACGGAGCGCUACCGCAGAUCAUUCCUCCCCUCUGCAAUAAGACUUUACAAUGAACAGUAACAAAACUGGAUUUACACCACCACUUUUUUUAUGGCAUUUAAAUUGUGUAUAUUGCAGAAAGCUUUAUUUUUUCUUCUCCCUUUUCUCUUUUCAAUUUUUUUUUUUUUCUUAAUUAUUACAUUUAUUAAGUUCUUAAUAUUAGGACCCUUAUUGUUAUAACUGCAUUUUGCACUUUCUGUCUUGUCUGUGAUGCUGCUGUGACAAAAAAAUUUCCCCCAUGGGGGAUCAAUAAAAGGAAUAUUCUAUUCUAGAAGGGCUUGUUGAUGAAAAUCAGAGAGUGUAACCGGUAACAAUUUUCAUUAAAAAUCACAUCGUAGCAAAAAACCUAUUCCACCCAGUUUUUUGAAAAUUAGGAACAGUGAACCAAAAUGAAUCCCUAUCCGUUAGAAAAGAUUUCAGCCAUUUUAGUUUUAAGACGCCAUUCAUAACUUCAAAAUCAAAGGAAGUCGGCUAUUUACAAAGUUGGUCUUUAAAAUGUCUUUAAAACGGACUUAAAGCUCGUAUGUGUAUUGUAACUCGAAUCUUAAAAUUUACUCUCAUAGUUAUUUAUCCAUUUUAAACAAAUUCCCUACUUUUUUCUGCUUUAUUCAGAGUUGACAAAAUUACAAUUCCAAACAUAGCAGAAUCAGUUCAAUACAGUAAUUUCAAUAUUGAAAUAACAUAUCAGUGAGAAAUACUUAACAAUAUGGGAAAGCAACAAUGCAUGUAGGGCAAUGAAAUUAAGUAGAUAAAGUAGUGGAGAACAACAAGCAAACAGAAAAAUAAAAGUAACUUAAAACAAUUUAUGCUAUGCAAAAUUUUACAGGGGGUUUUCUCUCUUUUUUUUAAAAACAUUUUUAGCUGUUCAUAUCAGUGGGAAAAUUCUUUAAGUUAUCAAAACUUUUGUUCCUUCAAACCAGUUAACGUUUGAUACAUUUUAAAUUUGUUUAUGAAAACAAUAAAUCUGGGGGAUGAUCUCAUAACUUUAUUCUUAUGGAUGAGAUAUUUGGCAAGACAGAAGAUUACAUUGCAACAGAGUUCAUCAUUUUUAUUUGGUAGUAUCAUUCCAAAAGUAACAUUAUUGAGAGAAAUGCAUUGUGGACAUACUGUUAUUUUUUGUUUAAUCCAUUUGUGAAUGUUAACCCAGAAUGUUUGUGUUAUGUUACAUGAGAAAAAUGUAUGGUCCAUUGAUUCAGUAUCAGUUUCACAAUCACAUGUUGUCUUCUAUAUUAAAUCAUCGUCUGAGUAGUUCCUUUAAGGGAUAGAUGUUAAUAAUAAUUAAUAAUCUUAAAGUUGGUUUCUUUUGUUUUGGGGGUUAUCAGGAAUUUUAGAAACAUUGUUCGUAGUUUGUUGGUUAAAUCUUGAUAAACAAAUUCCCAACUUAAGUCUGGUGAGGUCCAGAUAUUAGGUUGCAGUACCACUUUUGGACAGUAGGCUGCAACAUUGAGCUUAGAUGAUCCUAGUGCACCACAGAGGUAAAGAGAUAUAUCUGUUUAAUUAGCACUCAAAUGCCAUUAAAUUCUCAGCUCUCAUCCAGAGCAUUUCUGUGGUGUUAUUAGCCAGACUCCCAGGACAUUUCUGAGCCUAAUUAUUUCCCAGUCUCCAAUAAGACAAAGCUACAUGCUCAUCAUCAGUAAGGGGACACAUAAGCCAUCAUAGUGAUCCUUAAUUUCUCAAAAUGUUCUCAAAUGUAGACAGACAUCAAAAAUUAAUAAUAGAUGAAUAGAUAGAAUAAAUAAAAAGUAAGGAGACAAAAAUAAGUUCUGCAAUAAAGUCUAUCUUACCAUGGCGUCAUGAAAUCCUGACUAACAGCUCUGGUAUGUUUUUCCCUCUGACUGUCAUUGCAGUCGUGAAAGAGGGACACACCACAGUACGUCAACACUUUUUCUAUAACAGGAGCUGUGGCACAAAACAAAGGCAGGUCAAUGAAGGGUGUUACAAAGGUUUUUUUUUUUUUACUUGUACCUGUUACAGGCAGGAAUCAUGCGACUGACAUGAUUAGUCAUUGCCUUCACACGCAGUGUUUGGAGGAAAUAAGGCAAAGGGUAAUAAAAGUCCGAACUCAGGCAGCAGUACAACAAAUUAACCGUAUGUCACUUAUUGAAGGUAACUUGAAAAACAGAAAAAGCUUUGUUUAAUUCUAGUCUGAGAAGCAAACUUGAUUACUGUGUGUAUAAUAAGGGGAAGGACCCAUAAUUUUUUGACCCAACCUCUGGAAUGACAUUCCCUCUUCCCAGCAGAGGGAGGUCAAGGCCUGAAGUCAGUUUUUUAAUCAAAAGAUACAAGUGAAAAUCUUCAUAGGAAUUAUGAGCUGCUCUCUUGUGUCCAAUUGUUCCUAUUUUGCUAUGACAUCAAGAGAUAACAUAUUUGUGCAAUUUUUGCAUAUUGCCCAGGUAAAUAACUGCAUGUUUUUGCAUGCAUAAAAUAGUUCAUACAUGUAUUUAAACACUGGUUUAGUUUGAUGGUGGGUACCUCUGUAGGAUAAGGACAAACACAAUACAGUCGCUCUUAAUAUAACACAUAAUAGGCUUAAGGACAUGAUGUAGGAGCAGCACUGAAAAGGCCAUUUCAAAAUACACUUCAUCUGAUUGAUUGAAAAGUCAAGAAGCAGUGUGUAGCACUGAAGUCUUUAACCUAAUUAUAAAAAGAGCAAGAGCUAAAUCAGAUUUCAAUGCUGCCUCUCGAAAUUGAGUUUUGACUCUGGGGAAAUAAAUCAGACGAGUCCCAGUAGGUCUCUGCAGUCUGAUGAUCAAGCAGCAAACAAAGAGCCGAAUAAACCAGCUGCUGUCACUUGCAUUAGACGCUGAAAAACAUCAAAAAACAUCAUCCCUCUCCAAACUACAAAGCCUUUAUUAUGGCCCCGCCUGGUACUCUUUAAUGUCCUACAUGACUUUUUGGAAUGAGACAAGGUGUUACGGCCUGUAGUUAUUUAUCACUCAGACGUUGAUUGCAGCUCUUAGUCUUUUGGAUUGGGGGGUAAGAUAAAUAGAGGCAGUGAACAGGUGCUUUUCUCCUCAGGGUGUUAACAGGUGUGUGGAGGUAUGCAGGUGAAUCUCUUUUUCCACUGCAUUAGCUCACAUGAGCACCAAUCAUGUUAUUCCAAGUGGCUACACCUUUCAAUUAACUUUAUUAUCAAUGUGCCAAGAGUGCAAUUACAGUAAUCAAAAUAAAUAGAAGAAUGACAUGUUGGAUAAGGUCGUUAAUUUAAGGACUACCUUUUUUUUCACAAAAAGAAGAGUUUAAUUCAGUUCAUUGGCAGAGUUAACACGUACAUGAGUUUAACUGUGAUAUUAUAUACAUAUACAUAUACAUAUAUACAGAUGAGUGUAGAUAAAUUCUAUGUAUGAUAAAAACUAAAACCUGCAUGUACCAUAGACUGUACAUAGAAUGGACAGAGUCUGCCUCCUCGCUUGGUGAAGCCACUCCGAGAACAGCACCCUCUGGUGACUGGCUGCAGUAUAGGUCAUAAAUCCCGCCUCCGCCAGCAAAGCUUAUGGAGCUGUGGACAAACUUUAGAAAUUUAUUACACAGAACAUAUUUUUUUUCUCCCCCCUGCUUGUGAUGUUGACAUGUAGUAAAUGUUGGACUGGUUUGUGCUCAAGUCCUCUUUUUUCUGUGAAGCUGUGUUUUUAAAAGUUAUUAGGGGGUUCAUGUUUGCUAUGAUUGACACCUGAUACAGCCUAUGGGCAUUCAGGGAUUGAGUAGCUCUCCCGGGGGAUACGCUGUUUGAGCCGAACGUCAUCACAGCGACUCUCGGCGACUGCGCGGCCGAAUGUGCGCAUCGCUACUGCGCAGCGCUGGUUUCAUGAAAUUAAGAAAAAUCCCGGAAAUACCGAGAGCCUUUGGCUUCAAAUCUGUAUACAGGCGGUAGGCGGAACCAAGUUGUCCAUAGUAUAUACAGUCUAUGGCAUGUACUCAUUGUUAUGUAUUGCAAGAUUUAUUGCUCAUAGUUGCAGAAGUAGCACACGCUCGUUGAGAAGAUACUCAUCUGCUUUUGACUUAAUUGACACUCAAAGUGCAUCACAUACAAAUCAAGAUGCAGCAUUAAAGAAAGAAACAUUUUCUGAAAUUAACAGUGAUCCCCUGCAAAAGGAAAACAAGACUUUUAUCUACAUGAACCAAAAGUCACUAAACAUGCAAAUACUCAUCGUAAAUAAAGAGUCAAGAUUGAAUUUUAGUGUCUUAAGGUCAUGCUAAGUCCAGAAGUUGUGGUGUGUUUUAUUACCAAAGACAUCAGGUCAUGCUUAAGAGUGAACAGACCUGCUCAGCAUCACCUGUGUGAGUAAGAGAGUGUGUGAAAGAAAGAGUGAGAGGGAAAGAGAACACUUGGACUCCUCUGCAUCUUGUCAGCCAACAAAACUACUUAAUAAGAGGAUUUUGAAAAUUUUAUUUAACAUUCAAUGUAGGAGUUCAGUGUAUGAGAUAAGUCACCUGCUAUUUCAAGGCCCUCUUUUUAGUGUUCAGUAAAUACCUGAAUGGCAUCAUAUUAGGGGAGGAAUUCUCCAGGCACAUCAGCUGUCAGAGACUGGACUUUUAGUUGACUUACCUCUGUAGAACAUGGAAACAUGGCAUUACCAACAGUACCAACUACAUUGAUAGUAAAGGCGGUACCCAGACUGAUGCUCAUGCAUUUAUAGACUUGUACGUGUCAAUUUGGUUCUAAGUGACAAAGUUCAGGGGUCAAAGUGCAGACUUAGUUGCAGGUUUUUGUUACUUUUUUGCUUCAGGCCUCCAAGUAGUUUCCAUUGACAUCUUUCUUUUUUCUUAUAACUUUUGCACUCUUUGCGUCAGGUUGAGGCACCUUGAAGUUUUUAAAAUUCUUCUGCAUCCUCUAAUUUACAGGUGACGGGGAGUUUUGUUGGCCAACGUGUCCUCUAAUUUCCUUCUUCUUGGCCUUCACCCUUUUGUCAGCCCACCAAAAAACUGAGAUUUAAUGAUUGUUUUGUGUGAACUAUCAACAAAAUAUUUGCAGUAUCUGUUACAUCCCAUGCGUGGGUGCCAUCUACCAUCUCCAAAGGAAUGCGCGAACGUUAGCGGCAAACACGACGGUGUGUAUUUUAAUAACUGCUGGGCCAGUUUUAAAAAACCAAACAGACCAGCAUCCGUUUGUAAUGACUGAAGAAUGUUUGUACGUUAGAUAGGAACAGGGAAUGAAAGGGGACGUUUUCACGACUGUAUGGCAGCGAUGAACAGGAAGUGGCUUCUCCAUGAGGUGAUACUCCAUCCUGUGGAGGAAUGUGAACACGUUACAAAGCAGUGGUGGAAGAGCAGGCUUUUCCUAAAUCCUCUGCAUGUCCAGGCCUGUCUGGGACGUGAAGUGACUCACAAGUGACAAUGACAACAUUAUAAGUGAAGAUCUGAGGACAAUUAGACGCAACCUGUGGCAAUGGGUGUCGCUGAUUGUACUAACAAAUCUACUUUCCUUUGUGAUUUGCGGGCAUCCCUCCAGAUUUCUGGUUUCGACGACACUGCGUGUGCUUUUUAAUCGUGUGCCAAACAGGAUGAAGAAACCUGUGCCACAAAAGACUGUCUGUUAUUAGAAGCGAUGAUUAAAUGGGUAUCACAUUUUUAUCCUUUUUGUUUGCUCCCACAAGUCUCCUGAUGAAGAUCUUCUCAAACACACUUUUGAAUUUACAUAAAAAGUUCAAUUUAAUUCACUCCAGCUGUGUAAAAGAUUUGUACAGCUAAUCCCCCUCAUUCUAGCCCUCAGCCUUCGACACAAGAACAACCCAAUCCCCAGCUUUGUUCAAAUUCACACAGAUUAUCCACGUUUAGUCAGCUCAAUUACCCCAAACCCCUGUUAAUAUUUUACAACAAUGGAGGAAGCAUGCACCAAAAACCUCUUUCCUUUGAGAUAAAACCAGCAAAAACAGUCCAUCUCACUUCCUGUAGAGACCAUCUGCAUGCUGGACUUUGUCAUACCUGGCCAUUAUGUGUGAGAGGAGAAUCAGGACAUGCUAAUCUCUGUAAUUAGGGAUUUCUUAUGCAGGAAUACAGGCAGGAGGUUACAGAAGCUCCUGUCCCUGCUUUAUUGAAGACUUUAGACAGCUUGUCAGAUGGAGAUGAGUAAUUAAAAUACAAAUAUAGAUCAUAAUUUAAACUGAUUAUGCUGUAUGGACUUACCAUAAAAUAUAUUUUAUUUCAGGGGAUGUUCAUAUUGGAGAAACUACGGUAUUACAAAAUUAUCAAUGAUGUUUCAUUUUCUUUUACAAAUGCACUCUUCUCAGAAAAUAUUGUCACUGUGUGUGAUCUGGAUUUCCCACUACUCAGAAUUUAUACCCAUUGUGAGGAGGUUUUCACCCAAUCAGAAUCAAGUAUUCAAGUCGAAUCGUAUAUUUGUUCUUUAUUUCAGGUUAUAUCAGUGGAAUCGUUGUUUGCACUGAUCUAUUUGGUUUCUCAGAUCUCUCUCUAACAAACAUAUGAAUUAGAUCUCCCAACUCGUCUGACAUUAAAACCUCCAAUUCAUGUGAAAUAACUGGCCCAUCAGCAUUCCUGCUUAUCAAUGACUUAUUCAGAUAUAUCUGUUUCAGUAGGGAGUUAUGAUGCAUUACAGUGACUCAGGGCAACAGUUAUAGAAGAAUGACUUCAAACAGUCACUGAACUGAGUCAUGAUGAAAUCCUCCUAAUGAACCUGCAGUAUUUACAUCAGAUUGAGCAACAAUUUAACGGACAUUUCUACCAGAUGAUUGGGCUUUUAAUCUUACGUAAUGCUAAAAAAUUUAAAGUAACAUUACAGCAGAAUAAAAUAUUUGUGUUCAGUUUUAGGAAUUAUUGUUAAUAUACUUAGUCGAUAUCAGUUUUCCUAUGUUAGCUGUCAAGCUUUGAGACAGUGACAUUAAAACAGUGUUGUGAGAGCCCGCAUAUAACACAGCUCACGUCUGAAGCCUUUGUUAUCAUUCACCCGCAGUAAUAAGAGAAGAAAGAUAACACUUGGUCUCAACUGUUGACCUCUGUAAACCUUACACAGCUUAUAUCGCUGCAGUGAAAUACAAUGAGAGCUUCUGUCAUGUUUUCUAUCAUACAGCUACAGUAGAUAGUUGAGAGUGCACUGUUCCUAGAUUACAUUAAGAUUGACCUUGCGUGUGUUGCCUUCAAGCAACCGUGCAGAUUUCGUCUCAUCAGACACAUCUUUUUCCAGGUCAAACAAAGGAGUGUGGGUUCAUCUGUUUUUGUGUCAGGGAUAGAGAGAGCUGUCGUCUGUCUGAAACCUGAGGAGAGAGAGAGGGGAGCGAGCGAACAAAAGCUUGUGUUUGAUUUUCUUUUUUCUCUCUCUGUUGUCUUUGCUAGUUCCUUCAUAUUUUCAGUGCCCUGCAAUCAGGGCAUCUUGUUAGCUUUGGAUUCAGGUUAAACUUGUUGCAGGAGACGACAACUCCCUCCCUCCUUCCCCUCUUUUCUGUCUUAACACCCCCCCCCCCCCCCGACCCUCUCUUGCCACCUCCACCUUCUUCAUCCACACCUUCUUACCUACCCUCCACCUCUAUACAUCCACACCUCUGCCUUGAUUUGCGUUUUUUUCUUUUUAACAGGUGACAGGAUGCAUUUGUCUCAAAGGCAUGACUGUCUCUCCCUGCUUCCUUCCCUCUCUCCCUCCCUGCCUCCCCCACCCACCCUCCCUCCUCGCCUCUCCACACCUUGCAACAGGUGGAUUCUUUUUCAGAGGAGGCUUAAGUCUAAAAUAGCAGGUGCAUGUCUUCCGGAGAAGACUGUGUUUAUAUGAACUAAAGUUACCCAACAUUUUUCUUCAGCUUUAUUUAAACAAUAUUUCACUGACACUCUGAAAACUCACAGGGACUUCUUUUGGCAGGAAACAUCUGAUGCCUUUUUCAGCUCAUAAAGCUUCACUGAUGUCUGGAUUCUUGACUUCUUCAGAUUUCUACAUUAAACCUCCUCGCUUUAUAGUCUUCUCUGUUUUAAAAGUUGUGUAGACUUUUAGUAUUCGGAAAAUGUUCAUCAUCAUUAAAACUAAAACAUCUGACUCAACAUAUACCUAUUGAGCAUUUUAGUGUGUCUCCUGCAGUCAAUAACUCUCUCGCACUCCCAUAAGGUGCUUUGAUAAUGGGAGUGGUUCUCAUUAUCGUGUUGAAAUAGCUCUAAAACUAUUUGAAACUUCACGUGUAAUAACGGUCUUUCUCUGCUGCUUUGAUUACUUCAUACUCUCCAGGAAGUUCUUUAUCUGGUUUGCAGGAAUUAAAACAGCAAAAUAAGUAACUUAAUAUCCACUUUAUGAAGAAGAAUCAGACUUUUAUUUGCAUUUAUUUUAAUUUAAAUGAAGUUUUUCUUGAAUUCCACUGAGAACAAUCCAACUUUACAAAUUUGAUUGUGAUUAACGUUUUUUAAACUCAGUUUUUAAUAAUCUUUACGUGUGCUUUCUCAUUUAAAAGUGCAUUCUACAUAGAUAAUAAAUUCAGCUGAAAUUUUAAAGAAAAAAACUUGAUUCACAAAUUAAAAUUUCAGCUCUUCAGAACAUUUGCUACCAGGUAAAAACACCACAUUACUGUCAGUCGACCCAUUAUUUAUUCCUUAUUGAAUCAAACUGAUUUUAAUUUUCCAGUUUGGGAAGAGGAAUUAAAAAUGCAUAGCACUGCUUAAAUGUUUUUGUCUUUGAUAAACACCCCAAUGCAAAACUUGUUUGCUUCUGAGGUGCUGUCGAAAUGAAAUAAACUUUAACAUGAACUUUUAACAGAUAUGCAAAAAACUAUGCGUCACAAAUGUGAACUUUUGAUGGUAGUUUCUUAUGCAGGAAGGUAGUUUUUUAAUCCCCCAUGGGAAAAAUCAAACAGACAAGCAGUCAGCAUUCAGUUAAAAGCUAGUUAAUUUAUCUCCAUGGUUACAGAUUUGCGGACCAAACCCAUCAGGUCAGCAGUACGUCAAUCUUCUUGUGCCUUGCCAUCCAACUGGGACGCACCCUGCUGCUGCCCUUGAGCAGGGCAGGCUGUAAUUGUUCCAGAAGGCUGAGGAGAAAAGGAAUGCGUGGUUCCUCUAAAUCUCCGACAAGCUGAGACACGUAGACUGAAACUGGGCGCGAGUCGAAGAAAGGAAAAGGGAGGGAGAGAGAGAGAAAUAGAUCAUAGGGAAGUAUCGCAGGUGAACAUGGAAAAUUUUUUCCUCCUAAUCAGAGUGCGCAGGACUUUAGUAGGAGAAAUUGUAAACUUUUGUCCAAUAAUAUGACUACAGAAAUUUACAAAAACAACUUCAGAGUGCAUUAAAUUUAAAGUCGAUAGGUGAAUCUGUAUAUUCAGACUUCACAUGCAACAGAAACAAAAAGAAAUAAGACUUAUAAAAGGAUAAAAACAUGAGAUAAGGGGAAAGAUAGGAUUGCAAAAAGACAGACAUUGUUAAAGUUUAGAGAAGCGCUUAAAGACAGACAACGUGUCUACACGGGGUGUCUGCAACCCUGAAAAAAAAAAAGAGUUUCUGUCUGAGUCGAGGUGGUCUGAACAUGUUCCCUGCUUUAUUUGGGAUGAUGAGGCAAGACCCUGGAAAAGUCUCCUCCUUCACUAUCCCACGGGAAUAUCACCACUCAUCCAUAGAGGAAGAGGGACUGAGAGGGAUGAUGUGAAGAUGAGGAGAAGAGAAAGAGGGAGGAGGGUGGAGAGGAAAAAGAAAGAUGUUUGUCUGAAAGGAAAGUGAAAGGUGUACAGCUCAUGUCAGAAUUUUUCAUUGAUUAUCGAGUCUGAUUUUUCUCUCUGCUGCUCUUCUUCUUCUUUUUCUACUUAACUUUGACCCACAAAUGAACAAACAUGCCUGUAAACAAACACGUGUUAAAAUACAACUUGAAGCACACACCCCAAACAAUUACCCUGGACCUGCAUUUGACUCAUACAAACAAUGGAAACGCUGCAGAACAUUUUGUCUUCUAAUUGCAACAGAGUCCCAGAAAAGAGCACUUAUUGUUAUACAGCAAGCGAGCAAUAACGCAACUCUUUGUGGAGCAUAUGAGCUGCAUUGUAUCUGCUGUGAACCCGCACUGCCUACGUGUAGUAUUACUGCCUGCAGGAAAUUUUCACCAAAACAUAAGGUCCUCUUGUUCCUUUAGGGUGUCAGUGGCCUGAGGAUACAGAAGACAGUAGAAACCAGUCUAGCAGAUAAUCUCUUAAAUUGGUGUAUAAUUCUGCAUUGAUUUUUAUCUGACCAAAUUUCUUAUUUGUCAUUUUGAUUGGCAGAGAAAAAACUGAAGAAUACUUAUUGUGACAUUUUAGAGUUACAGAGAGAUUGUUUUUCUUUUCUAUAUCAGCUGUUUAUGCUAGAAAGUAAUAAGGGGUAAACCAAAAUUGUAAUGAUUCUCCAAGGUUUAAAUCCCAAGAUGUCCUCUGACGGUAAAUACACCAGUUUUCUUUUCAUUUUUAAGACUGAUUCAAGUUAAUUUGCAAGGGUUUUACAUUAUUUUCAUUAAUAACUUUAUGACUUGACACUCUGUAGGACAUUGCACUGCUUCUACAAUCUACAAUGUGGUAUAAACAGUAUGGUAUGUUAUAAGAUAUAUGACACAAUAAAUACAAUAAGAGCCGAUACUUACUAUACUAGACCAGACCAUUCAGUCUGUAUCAAUUUAAUAUAAUAUGGCAUAAAUAUGAUAAGAUAAAACACAAUAUGCAUUGUUAGAUAAAAUGUGUUUCAAGAAGAUACAGUUAGUAUAAUAUAAUUUGAUAUGAGGCUUAACAAUGUGAUGAAGUCAAUGCAGUAUGAUUUAACAUGGUAUAAUAUGAAACAAUAGUGUAUAAUCUUAAAGGACACUUUUCAGUAGGAUACGAUAUUCAGGAAUUUACAGUUUGAUAUAUCUGCACAAACACACACACACACACAAAGAUAGAUAGAUAGAUAGAUAGAUAGAUAGAUAGAUAGAUAGAUAGAUAGAUAGAUAGAUAGAUAGAUAGAUAGAUAGAUAGAUAGAUAGAUAGAUGGAUUCAAUCUAAUACAGUGCAAUACAUAACAUUUGAUGUGACAUGGUUUUGUGUUGAACCGCAUCAUAAAGUCAAGUAUUAUUUUGCAAUGUAUUAUAAAGACAAGUAUCAUAUGGCUUCAUAUCAUAAUGUGACAUACUUUUCUUUACAAUACAAUUCAGUACUUGACUUUAUGAUACAGUUCAAUACAAAACCAUGAUCUGAAUCCUUACAAUACAAUAAUAUACAGUACAAUAAGAUAGAUACGGUACAAUAGAUAUGAUACGAUAUACCUCACAUUAUGAUAAACUUAUUUGUCCCAGUGGUGAAAUUUUCCUUUGGCAUCCAUGCUAUUAAAUAUAAAUAUUGUACUGUCAGGGUAAUUGAUUGUCAGCAUAUGUGGCAGAUAGCAUCCACACCACUACAAUAACUUACAACUGGAGCAUCAGUGUAGAGUAAUGAUGAAAUGUCCACAUUACAGUAGUCUUGGUGUUUACACUUCUCAAAACAACAGUCAGCUGCCACUUAGCUUAGCCCACAGAUUGGGAACCCAUUUUAACAACAAGCCUGGAGUUGCCUGAAGUUAACAAAACUCAACAAAGCUAAUUCAUCUUUAAAACUCACUUCCUAAUGUAAAUAUCUUUGCUAGGGCUUUGCAAACUUCUUUGGCCUACUUAUUAUGCUUGUUUGGUGAGUAAUGCUCUCCAAAACUUGCUGUUUCUACUCCCUUUUAUGUGUGACAAAAUUAAUAAAUGUGAAAAGCUUUAAGGGUGCCGGGAAACUUUUUCACCAUUGUUCCCAGUAUUUAACCGGCAGCUAUUUGGAGCUUCUUGAUGAAAGCAGAAACAUAAAGGUGACAUCAGCUUAUGCAAAUAUUCUGUUCAAGUAUGUCACUGUCACAGUAUGUCUGUUAUUGUUCCAGGCUUAAUACAGCAACCAGGAAGUGAAAUGAAUUAAGAUGUACCAUAUAAAAGGUGCAUGUCUCUCUGUUUAAACUCUGGGAAUGUUCCACCAGCUCAGGUCAGAGGUCAAUUAUGCACAUACCUGCUGUAAAUAUGAGUGUCCUGCAGGGGCUAAUUGUGAAGUAGGGCUGUAUCAAGCUUUAGCCUGAGGGACCCUCACUGAAACCUGAUAUGGAGAUGAGCCCAAUACCUGUUCUCUGUUUGGGUGGAACCACGAUCAAUGGCCCAAACACCAUAAAGUGGCUUAGUGUGUGUGCACACACAUGAGCGUACUCUCUGAAAAACUCAUUUCUGCCGCCUUCUAAGCAGUUUAGUUAAGUGCGAUGAUGAGUUCUUACCUCUGGCAUUACAGUUUUGACACCAAAUUCUACGUGUUGGAUCUCACUUGUCAACCAGUUUCAACCUUGAUUGCAAAUGUAAAUACGCUCACACACCUCUAAGGUUUCCUUUUACCUUUUACUGCUUUUCAUAGAUCAUGUGUUGCUAGUUUCAGUUGCUUAAUAAGUAUUGUAUCUGAGGUAAUGUUUCCUUGAAUCUUGACUCUCUUUGUCUUUCUUGGCAGAUGUGUCUCUUUGACAGGCCUUACUUCACUGAUUUGUCUGCACUGAGAAAACUGAGAGGUGGUGUAGAGAUCUGGUUUGUUGGGCAGAUGAGAUUAUCUCACGUCUGCAUCUAGCACGUCUGUUUGCGCGCGCGCGUGUGUGUGUGUGUGUUACUGUGCAUAAUCUCCAAGACUUCAUGUUAAAAUGCAGAAGACAGUUGCAUGCACACUUAAUUGUGGAUUUGUGUGUGUUUGUCUGUGUGCCUACAGCAGGUAUGUCAUUCCACAGUUGUUGUUAUCUUAGUGGCUCUUUCAGCUAGAUUCAUACCAAUCCCCACAAAACAAAAGCAAAGUUUAAGAGAGAAAUGAAAGAGGAAUGAGUCUUCACAAACAAAGCAGAGACUUUCCGCUGUGUUAAACAAACAGUUCUGCGUGCUUGGAAUGAUCCGACAUGCCAAAGUUAGUGUAGAGUAAACACCCAUCAUAAAUGACGGAAAGGCUGUGUGGUCGUAUAGAGAUAAAAAAGACCUCUGGGUAUGAUGCUCAUGAAGAAAUCUGCACAGAACUGACGUAUAUAAGUUUUUAUGUAACUUUGUCCUAAACUCAAGUGUCCUUGGUGAGAAUUCAAGCAAAUUCUUUGGAGUUAAAUUAUCUGCAUCGCUGAGAUUUUUCAGCGAAAAGUUUAAAGGCUGCAUGGUCGUACACUUCCUAGCACAAGAUGCUAUAAUUUCUCUGGGAAAGAAUAAACCUUAUUAUUAUAAACCUUAUUAUCUUCACAGUUUUUGAAACUGACAUAUGUAACGCAUGGCUGCAAAGUUUAACUAACUUUUUACAAGAGAAUGAUUUUAUUCAAAGUAAUGAUUACUCAAAAUUUAACCCUGUUUCUAGAAAGUUACACUUGUACAGAUAUAGUUGAUAUAAUAAGCCGUCAGAUUAGUGUUUUCUUUUACUUGAUGGAGGUAUUGUCAAUGCAAAGAAUGAAAAUUCGAUCACCCUAAAAACUAAUAACAUCCUAAAAAAACACUUGUUCCUAUCACAGACACUUGCAGUUAUUACUCAUGAGGUGGAAAAUAUUUGUCCGGUUUUGUAGCAAUACGGAGGUGCUUAUUUUGUUGCUUGUAAAAACCCCAUGUACUGUUGAAUUUCAACACACUUGCCCCCGGGCACGGCUCAGAGACCCACGUCGUAUUACGCAAUGCAGCGACUCUCCUCUGCAGCUUCCUCUCGCCUCAGGUGUAUAGUGUCCCAACCCUCUGAGGCCAUCAUGGAAACACUAAUACUGAAACUUUGAAGUGAUUCUUUGAAGCCCCCUUGACAGCUCUCCAUUUUCUCUCCCGUCCUCUCCAGUAUUACCAUAAAUCUGCCGCUUUUUCAUACUCUCCUCUGACACCUUCUCACCAUUCAGUUUUACACUUAUUUCCCCCGCUCCUUGACCCAAACCCUCUCCUCUCCUCUCAUCCCCCUCCUUAGUCCUGAUCCUUCACUUGGGGCCAUGUGGAGUUUCUGGGAGUGGCUGCUGCCGCCUGUUGGGUACAAUAUUAAAACAGGAAAAGGGGCUGUUAAGGAGGGGGGGUUUGAGGGUUCUCUCAGACUCUUGGAGCCUCUCUAGUCCAGGUCAAACAAAGUGACAGCAGCAUUCUGCUGAAGAGCUCUCACCUCAGUAUCAUGGCACUGAGGAGGUCAGAUCACCCGGUAGAGGUCAAAGCACCCUGCAAACACACACACAUCGGUAAAGGAACUGCACAUGGGGCGCAUACGACAUCUUAGUGUUCUGGAAACAGAAUGAGGCUUUUAACCAGAUUCAAGCCUCCUUUAAGGACUUAUUUGCUGCAACAAGACUUUGUCUCAGACCCAAAGGUGCUACAACCAAACAAUAAAAGCGGCUCACAAACACUGAUGCCUCUUUGCAAACCACUGAUUAUUGUGAUGCAGUUAUUUAGAGUUAAGCAUUUUCCACUGCUAAUAAUCUUAAUAAGAGGCAGAUUUAAAAAAGAAGCAGGAUGUGAUUUUUGUUGAAAAGAAAUUGCUUUUUGUAAACAUGAACAUUCUUAUGAACAGGACAGGUCAAAAAACAGAUCAGUGGUUACAAUUUGUCUGCAAAGGGACCCAAACUGAAGGUCCCCCCAGCAGUUGGUGCAGAAAAAAUUAAUUACUUAAAUUACAAAUAGCUCAGAAUUGCAUUAAAGCUCCUCUGAGGAGUUUUUGAAAGGUGAUGAAACAGACUGAAAUGAAUGGCCAUGUUUUCCUAUGAUGUACAAAAGCAAAUGGGAACACUUAUGACAAGAUUAACAAUAUAUAACAUGCAAUUUUCAACACCUGUUGCUGCUGUGACUGGGCUGGUACUCUAAACAAUCAGCCUUAGCUACUUCAUCUACAUCAAAUAGUCAUAAAUUUUGCAUUAAAAAAAACACAACAAGAGGAUAUUUUUGUUAAUUAACAGCACUUUAUAAGGAUGAGAUGAAACUAGCAAAAAUAGAAAUGUUAAGACUUUCUCCACAGGGGGCGCCAAAGAGAACACAGACAGAGAGUUCCUUACUGGAGCUUUAACAUGACUGCAGCAGAAGUUUUAGCCCAAGUUACAUAUGAUAGAAGAAAGUUGAGACUCUAAAGUUUUAGUCAAGUAAUAGAAUUAUUUGGGUGUUAUGGAAUAUAUUAUAAUGAAAUUAAUCUCUUUUUUAUAUGCUUUGUCAACAAAAAUAAAUAAAAACGUACCAGCUCUAAGUAGCUUAAACUAAGUUUGUGAGUGCUAAAUAUGAAAAAAGAGCCCCUACAGUGAUAAAGGUUUAAUAAAAGACAGUUUUUCUCCAGUAUUAUCAGGAACUUUGUCACUUUGUAUUUAAUUUAGGUGAAUAUUUCAGUAAACAUCACAAAAUGAACUUAGUCCGGGAAGUGUUGUUGGUAUGAAGACGGGAAGUGUCGCUAUUUAAGUAGAGCUCUUUUUGAGUCGAUGUGUUUGGGCUUUACGGUAACAGGUGCACCACAUGUUGCUUUCUUUCCCAGUGCUGAGGAGCAGACAGAGUGCAACAUGCCCUGCAGGCUCCCUAUAUCUCUGUCAACCUUCAGCACACAUUCCUCCAUGACAAACCAGGCAUUAGAUCAGUGAGACAGAUAGAGAAAGAAGAUGCAGAGAUAUGCAUGCUGUGUGGGAGUUGGUGAGAAGGAUUAACUGAUGAGCAGAAAAUGGUUUCUGUUUUAAUUGGUUGCUUAAUCUCGCAUGACUGUGUUUUUUUUUCCUGUUUAAAUGCAUGACCUUUAGGUUGAGAUAGGAAAGGCAAAGUGAGGCAGUGGUCAAACAGUCGUUACGAGGGGGAGCAGGAAAAAGUAGGUGAAAGGAGGAGUGAGAGGAACACAGGAAAAGAGAAAGAGAAAGAGGAAGAUAGUGGGAGGACAGAGGUGAUGAGAGAGCUCCUUCUCAACAGCAGUGGUGCAUAGAACCAGUGCUGGGGUCUGUUUGUAAGCCUCCAUGCAUGGUUGCAUGCUCACACGCACGGCCACACACACACACAUAACAAACCAGAGCAGUGGGACUCCGGGGUCCUGGUUUCACACUACAUGGGUCAGUUUCAAGGCAUGUCAGCCUGCCGUUUGAACAUCCUGUGAAGUUUUUCCACGUCUGUUUCAACACAGGGCCUUUUGGGAUCACUGGCAUUUUUACGCAAUUAAGACUUAAAAGCUCAACGCUGACAGUAAGAUUGAUGGAAAGUCAUGUAUUGUCAAUUCAUUGUCAAGUGAUUUUUAGAAAUGUUGAAGAUGAAUCAUGAUAUUGAAUGGACUUAUGACCUUUAUUUGCUGGCAUUGUUUCCCUUUCUCCCAAAUACGUAAAACCAUAUUUAUAGGCUUUUGUCAUCUUGUGAAUUUCCAGGAAGAAGUAUGUGUUUUUUUUAAGUGUGGCUUACAUGAAUCCACACGACUGCAAGAUAUCAAUUACUUAAGAUAAAAAAUUUAUAGUAUAUUUUGAAUUGAGGCUUUUAAUGCAGUGAACUGAUUUAAACUUACUCUAUAUCUCUACCCACUGUAUGCCUGUAUGUUUUAAAAUAAAGCUGUAGCAAGAGCAUGAUGAUACAGUCCUGAGAAAGUGAAAGGAAAGGGAACAAAGAAAGUGAAAAUAUUUCAGAACUAUAAUGACAUGAGUGGAACUUAAAAAAGUGUUUUUACACAUUUAUUUCCAGAUUUUAGAACUUAAAGCUCCUGUGAGGAAUUGUGUUGAUUUUGGCGCCCCCUGUGGACAAAACUGUACAUGUACCUUUUUAAGGAUAAUGUCCACUGUGUGAUCAUAUUCACUCUGGACUCUUAAAUAUGAAUGUAUAGCUUAAAUACCUGCCAUUAAAAAUACAAGAAUUAGACUUUUCUGUGCAGUUAGUUAGCUAUAAUGACACUUACCCCUGUUGGCAUUUUCUUUUAUCUCUAAUUAAAAAUUUUAUUGGAAGAAUUGGAGCAAAUGAAGUACAGACAUUUGAAAGACGUCAUUAAAAAGUGUGACAGAAAACUUUUUGCUGAUGCACUUGUUUGCUUCUGUUUGUCAUAUAGAGGCGUCAUAAUUAAUUUUAGACUGUUUUGUGAUUGUAAAAAGGUCUUACAGAAGCUUUAAGAACUUGCAGCCAAUGUAAACCAUGAAGUAUUCUGUAAGUAAUGCUCACAUUUGUACAUUAGAUCAUUUCUUAAUGAUUGUAUACAUUUUUUUUUAUAUAGGUAUGAUUGUCUUUUGCAUCAGGAAACUCUGGGUUUUUUUUUCCUGCAGUAAAAGAAACAGAAACAGCUGUUCAUGGGUGUGCUAAUUUCACAGUGUUGAUGAGGGACAGAUUGAGAAAAGCUAAUAAAGGCAGAGUGAGAGAGAAAACCCCGCAGAUGAGAGAAGCUCUUUAUGCUCUUCAACGAGCUGAUGAGAAGAGCCAGCAAGUGUGAACGACCCACAUCCAUGUUUCAUCGUCUGUUAAGUUAUUUCUCCCUAUUUUUAUUUAUUCUGAAAGGUUAGAUUGUCUCUGCUAGAGAGAGCCAAAAAGAAAAACGUAGACCUCUAAUAGAUAGAGAAGGUUUUAAUGAACAUUUGAAAAGGUGUGCCGCACCAAGGAAAUCUUUCUUCUUUCCCCUCUGACUUGAUGCCAACUUGCCCCUGGGCCUUGUGUGUCUGUGAGUGUGUGUUCAGGAGUCAGUGAGGGUGUGCGUACAAGUGUGUGUAUGUAUUUGUGUGGGCAGACUGCACAGCACGCACCCUUGUGUUUUACCACGCCAGAUCCCCUCGGGUGUCAGCCGCUAGAGGUGUACAUACACAUGCACACGUACACACACACACACACACACACAAAAGGAACAGAUAAACAUUCCCAAAAAAUUAUACACUCACACUGCACUUUCUAUCUCUAUCUGUGUGUGUUUAUGCGUUAGUAUAGGUGCACACAGGUCAGUGGGUGGAGAAUAUCCUGGACUGACAUGAAAACCUUAUGAGCCUCAUGCUUGUAGAUCCCUGGUUGCACAAGCUGUGAUCUUUGGCUGUACUGAAUAAGAAACGUGUGUGUAUGUGUGUGUGAUUUCAUAUUAUGAUGCCCUGAUGAAGCUACAAAAGCAAAAGAGACCAUCACCACAAGGACUGAUUGUGUCUUUAUCAUUGUUUUAAAUGUCUGUAACUGCUGCUGAGGUAAAUGUCAAAUACAGUGAUUAACUUUAAAAUGCUUAAUUACAUUUAUUUUCAAACUCCCUGCUGCAAAGAUCCUUCAGAUAUGAUAGACUUUUCUGUUUGAGCAAAAACAGGGUUAGAUAUUUUUUAAUUUUAAUUAAUCUAAAACAGAUGUCAGAAUUACUUCUGGUCUGUGGUGACCUCUGAUUAUUUGCCUCCAUAUAUUUUGAAUGUAUCUUCAACUCUGAUAACUUAAGGUAGCAAAAAUGACCUGUUUUAAUCUGUUUCCAAAAGAACUGAAAUUAAAUUUGAUGCCUUUUUACAAGUUUUAAAAAUUCAGAUAAAACUAACAGCAUAAAAAAAAACUAUACCUAACUGAACCAUAUUUAUGUGUUAUCCUCCAAUCUGCUGUGAAGGUGAAUCUGCAUGCUAGUCAGAUUGACUUAAUACACACUACCAACAUAUUUAGUUGUUUUAAAAAAGUCUAAAUUAAUUAAGUUCAGUUUUUACAGUGGGUUAAUAGAAAUUGCAGCUAAAAAAAGUCACUCAUGUUUCUAUUUUACGCUAAUCUAUCUUAAUCCCUUUUAUAUCUUAUCAUUUUAAAUUACUUUCUACUUUAUUAAGAUCCUAAAACCUUAGUUUCUCAAAGGCUCUUCUCCUUAGCAUUUCCUCAGAUGUUUUGUAAUAGGGUAUCCUCCUUUUCUUUUCCUUUUUUUUAAUUUAUCUUUCACCAAUAAAGAAACCAAAACCUUUAAAGCUCAUGGAAAUAACUGAGAGAGUGAAAAAUGAUACUGACUAACUAUUAGCAUAUUAAAGCCCAGUCCCAGAUCAAUCCUUGCUUUCUCAGAAUCAUUAAGGAGCCCUUGACACCUCCCGGAUCCCCAAUCUCACUCUUUUAUCCCACAUGUUAAUGAGGUCCUAAAAACUCCUGUCUUGUUGUCUUGCUAAGUGCUCUCCAGGCUGUACAUACUCAUGCACAUGCAUGUCAGUUUCUCUCCAGCCUGGGAAGAGUUAAUGAUCCUACACCUGUCCUAUCAGGCACCUGUUUCGGUCCUCUGAGCCAAUCAGAGCUCAGAGGGAAUACUUGGCUCACAUGAAAUAAAUCCGGGCCCCGUCUGAGGGAAUCACAACACUUGACUCAUCUGUGUGUCACUGCUCCUCUCUGCUAGACUGAUAGACUCUCUGAGACAGAAGGAGACACGCAGAGUUUAAAUCAAAGGAACCUAACCCGGCUGACUUGGACUGGAGACAUGACCAAAGAGACUGAGUAAGUUUUUUUAAAGAUUUUCUUCUGUUUUUAGUCUAAAAUUUGUAUUUACUCAGGUCAUUUUUUUGGUUCAAAAUGAUUUUUUUUCUCAACUAAAUCAGGAAAAUUCAAACUGGACUGUGUGUUUACUUCAAGAUGUGAUGUUAGAUUCUCAUAGGAGGUACAGAAACCCCCCCUUCUUCCUAUUUGCAAUGAGACCCCCAUGUGAAAAACCCCUGUUUUAAGAAAGGGGUGUUUUGCAGGGGAAAUCGAUAUGGAUAGUUUAAACACACACUCAGGUCUGGAGUUGACGGGGUCUGUUUCGGCUUGUGUUGUCACUAACCUAGGGGCCACUGAGCACAAAAGGACACCAGGGAAAUGAGAAUCUCCUCUUGAGGUGUUGCAGGGCAAUGACAGCAUGUAAUGCAUUGAGUUACAUAAUGGAGAAACCCUAGACACGAGCCCCACUGUGUGUGUGUGUAAAAACAUCUGCACUUGGCUGGUUUUGGGGGAAAUGGAGAGAAACUAAUGGGGCUGUAAUGGGUUUUUUUUUUUUUGCUGAGGUUGCUGGGUGUGAGAAGGAGAAACAGGUGCAUCUCAGAGCAGGUGUAUGAGCAGUGAAUAUCAGGCAAAGAAAUAUAAACUAAGGCUGUAAUAGAAGAGUUAAAGUUCACUCUUAAAUUACAGUGUAUCUAGUAUUUAAUGUGCUCUUUCAUUAACUCUUGCAAGAACCCACUUAAUUUCUUCAGCUUCUCUGCAGUUGUGAACACCUGUGCUCUCUCCCUCCUGUCAGCACAUUUAAUUAUCUGUUUAUGCUGAGUAAACCCUGCUUAUUUGUUCAUUAGCUACUUCAAACCCACUCCAAAGGGGGCUUAUCCUAGUAGGCAGGAUAUAUACAAUCCAGUGCCACUGUGAGUCUUUCCAAACAAAUCCAAUCCUCAGAAUCCCGAGCUUUACCCCCUCAUUACAAGUGACAAGGGAAAGCAGAGCUCACCUGAGCGCAAUUGUGGGUUUCUAUUUACAUAGCGGGAUAUCUUGUCAUCUCUUUUGAGACCAAUGCAAAUAAGUGAGUUUGGAAAGGAUUGGAGGUGGGGGUGUUAGUGGGUGGCCUUUUAAACCUUUUUGACACCACCGCUCCUAAAGGGAUGUUACUCAGCUCUGUGGUUUUGCAAUCGAAACCCUCCACGCUCUGAGGCAAGUAUGUGCAGCGCCCCGAGGCUCAGGUACUGCUGCGAAAUUACGGCAUAGACUUACGCCGUCUAACUCCGUUUAUCAGAAGACACUAAAAUAUAUUUGUUUUACCUCAACUAAAUCAAUCUUAAUUUCUUCACUUUGAAUAAAUAUCUCACUGUUUUUGUCUCUUUUUUUUCUAGGACUCUGGGACUGAUCUUUCAGAGUGAGAAUUUCAACUUAAACCGUUACACUAACCACAUCAUGGACUCUUGGUCCUACCUGGAGAACCCCAUCCCUGAGCCAAACCCCCCCAAACCCAGACUCCACCCGGGAGACGACUUGGCAGCGUUAACCAUGCUUUAUGAACAGUGCAAGGUAGAAACUGAAGGAAGAAACAGACACUGAAGAAGAAUUCUCAAGGAAAUCCCAAUUUUUUUCCCCCUUUCACUAACAUGUUGUUUUUGUCUCAGAGCCAGAAAGAGCAGAAGAACGCCAGCUGCAACCGUGGAGGAAAUAUCUGCAAAACAACAGAGAGGUAAGACACAUGAUCCACCUUUAUGUAUUGUUGGAGGAUGCUAAAACAGAGAGGGAAAGGCAGGGCUACUGGUGGCCAAAAACACGUGAGAGGGUAAUCCCCAAAACAAACAGUCUGAGGGAUUAUUGUCUACCCCUCCAGUCCAUCCAUCCAUCUCUCCUCUCACUAUCAUCACCUCGGCCUUGCUGUGAGUUUCCCAACAUGUGUUGUUUUUUCCCUUCUUCUGUCUUCACUCCUGCGGCUUAUUGUCGGGAGAAAAACGGCCAUUGUUGGGGUGCGGUGUUGUCCUUUCAAACAUCUUAACCAGAGAAACUCAAACAGAAAAGAAAGAAAGCUAGAUUAGGGUACAAACAGAACCCACCCAGACUCAAACCAAAUCUGUCUUCAGGCUGUCCUGGCGGUAGCUGUGUGUGCUCAGAGAGUUUAGACUAGUGUUUGUUUGCACAGGCUUCUGUACUGUUCUGCAGGCCCUACACUUUACACCACUUUGAAGGCUGUUUGUUCCUCUGUUUUCCUCUCUUUCUCUACAUGGGUGUAGUAUUUCUGAGUCAUGCUGAUUACACAUAAGUGGUUAAAUAGAUUUGUCUUUCCCUUUUUUUUUAUUCCAGGACUCCAACAAACGCCAAUGACUUUGUUUCACUGGAGACAUCUGCCAACGUCAUGAAGAUCCUCUCUGAGGGUGUCCCUCUGAGCCAUGCUCAUGAGGUUUUGGGGUCCAAGCAUAACCCCUCUCUGCCAGUUGCCACCACCUCAGACACAUAUGCCACUUUGACCAGCGUGGUAGCGGACACUUAUGACAAGCAGGAGCUCAACAUUAUCUUUGACUCCUUACUGCAGAAGUGGCCAGAGAGCGGGGCUUUCCCAGACCCUAGCACUGAGGUAAAUUUAAAAUCUUUAUCUGAACGUCCAUCCAUGAUUCCUUGUGCUUGUUUUUGAUAAUUCCCUCUUGAAAAUACUAACAAAAUUUCAUUAUCUUUGUGGAUUUUAGACUCUUCCCUACAGCGAUCCCUUCCCUGAAGACCACUCCAGCCCGGUCUACUCAGGCUCCUACACCGGCUCUCCACCAGAGAGAUUCAGGAGCGAGUUCCAGUUUUCUUUGGGUGCUCCUCUCGCUUCUCCUUACAAGUCCAGCGAGCUGCCCAUGGUUUAUCUGAACAAGGGCCAGUUUUACCCCAUCACUCUGCAGGGGGUGGACAGCAGCGCCUGCCUCACUGCCACUAAAGUCAAGGUGAGUCAUCAUUAGGAAAGCCGUGAGCACUGACGAUUUGGAGAUGAUGAUUUAAAGUUCCUGCUUUGUUUAGUUUUAUGACACAUUCUGUUAGAAAAAAAGGUGACUUUUGCUCUAGGUGGCAUCCUUCCCUUCAGGCCUUUUUUCACCCACAAAUUCCUUGCGUGCCACCGAGCCAACCCUUCCCAAUGAUCCGUCCCUCCCUUGGAGCCAGCUCCUCAGUGACUAAUUCCCUGCUGACGUCCUGGGCACAGGGCCGCUGCCAUUAAAAUGACAGUGUCCUGCCCUGUAUAAUGUUUUCUAUGCUGGUGUAAUGAGGCCAGAGAGCACAGGAGCUCAGCUCUGACUGUCUGAGGGUGGAAAAAAAAAAGAGUGGCGAACAAGAAGAGGGGGAAGGUGUGGUGUGAUUUUAAAACAUCGGUGACAGCCCUUUUUCUUAGUCAAGUGAAUCAGAGGAUAAGACCAUGCACAAACACACACCCGCUCACUGCAAAUAACCCAUGACGAUGUGCGGAGAAUAGGAGGAUUUAGAGUGAUAAAUGGAACAUGGCGGCUUUGAAAAAAAGACUCAGUCCUUUAAAGAGGUGCAGGCAGGUUAAUGAAUGGCAUACAGCUUGACAAAUCUUCCUAACUGUGUUUUACUGUCACCUCUCCUCCUCCACAACAGACAGUGGUGAUGGCUGUCUUCGAGAAUGACAAGAGUCCAGAGAUGCAGCUCCGCUUUUGGAAUCACUGGCAUGCACGUCAGCCCACCGCCAAGCAGAGGGUCAUUGACAUUGGUAUGUUGCUCAAAGUCCCCGUACACCUGGAUGUGCAUGAUUUAAGCUGUUACAUAAAAGUGGAAAUAUGCUCAGAAUUCUCCUUUGAUAGAAAAAGAAGAUUAAAAACGUCACUUUUCUUCCACAGCCGACUAUAAAGAAGUAUACAAUGGCAUCAGCAACAUAGAGGAGGUGGCCUUCAACGCUCUUUCCUUUGUUUGGAACCCCACUGAAGAGGCGAAGGUAAACCCGCACUUGACAGAUCAUGACUGAAACAACAAUGCAUUGAUAUUUUUAUAUAACGCUGCUCUAUUAGGCCAUAGAGAAGGUGCAAAACAGGUGGAGGGUUUAGAGGAAAAGAGAGGAAAGGUAGAGAAGGAAGGUGGAGAGUGAAGGAGUGGCUGAGGGAGGGAGGGGAGGAAUCCCAGAAAUGUGUUUGGCCCUGAGGGCUCCUGUCACCACAGCAUGCGAGAGCCACGACAGCUAAUUUGAGCGUCUCUGUGGCCUGAAGGCGCCGGGGUGGGGCCACCAAACCUGCUGCAGGUGCAAAGAAGGAAGAAGACUAAGGAGAAGAAAGACUGUGAUUUAAGAUGAAUAAAAGUGUUGUGUGUUUGAGAGAGAAGACAGUGUUCUUAAGCCCACUCCAAACAUAUGACACCAUGUUGUGCACAGUUUGAUCCCUUCUUUAUUGGUACAAAUCGUGAAAACUGUCAGAACAUUAUCGUCGUUAAACUCCAUGCUCUCUUUGUCUGCAGGUGUACAUCGGCAUCAACUCUCUGAGCACAGACUUCUCCUCUCAGAAGGGAGUGAAAGGCCUGCCUCUCAACAUUCAGAUCGACACGUACGACUUCAGCUCAGGAACAAACCAGCUCAUACACAGAGCUGCCUGCCAGGUCAAGAUUUUCUGUGAUAAGGUACGUCGCUCGAGCUGAUUUACUUCCUUUCUUAUUCUUACAUGCAAAAAGGAAAUUAAUGUUUCAUAACCGUGCGGCUGUGUUCCCUCAGGGUGCGGAGAGGAAGAUGCGCGAUGAGGAAAGAAAGAGAUCCAAAAGGAGGGGAAAGAACGAUGCCAACAGUGAGUGUUGCAUCCGCCAUUAUAUACUGAUUAUGUGAACAAAGUCUUCAGAGAGUGUUUUUUUAAUAUUCGUGGUUGUUUAUUUGCAGCCAACAAAUCUUUGGUGAGCAGCUCGAUAGGCAGUGACUGCACCUUCUUCCAAACUCUGGAGGACCACGUUACCCAGCCUGUCCUCUUCAUCCCAGAAACACACCUCUCCAGCUUACAGCGCAUGGUAAGUCCUCCUACAACCGCGGUUUGUUAUUGGCAGUAAAUCCCUUCUCUUUUUUUCCCCUGUCGAGUGAAUCAUGUUCCCGACCCUCGUAUCCCUGCAGGCGAUAGGACAGGCACGAGAGAGGCAGGGAAAAAACUGUGGGAAAGUAUGCAGUGGGAAAAGUGGGCUGGGAAAAGGAGAGAGGGGGGGAAGGUGUCAGUGAAAGUGAGGGUAAAGAUCAGGUGAGCCAAGUGGAGUCGAAACCAGGCGCAGGUACAAGCCGCAGCAGCAACUGACACUGAUCUCAGUUUGUGGGGGUUAAGACGAAAACACACACACACACAUACACACACACACCUGUUGGGCCUUACAGUAUGCACCACCCUCAUGUUUCCUGUGUCUUUCACUAACACACACUUGCAAAAACAUUGAGGUGAGGGUGCUGUUCAGACAGGCCAGUUUUCCCACGCUGUGCAGUCUAGAGUGACAUACAUAGAGAAGAAGUUUCCCCGACUUCCUGCGAUCGCAGAAUGACGUAAUAAUACAACAAAGACAGAAAACGUCUUCGAUUGGCUGACGUGAUAAAGUGUAGGACGCUUCUAUCUUUAUGUCUGCAUCAGCGCCCGUGCGUAUGUUGUUCUGUUAGAGGUUAUGGGAAAUGCAGUCUUAAAGAAACGAUAAGAUUCCUUUUGAAGGCAUCGCGCUCAGACAAUGGUGGGAAGGGGAGCAUUAGGCAAUGCUUUUUAUCAGUGGAGCGGUGUCUCAUCAGAUCUCUAAUCAGGUCUCCCUCUGUUUUUGUCUUUCUAGGCCGCUCCCAUGGACGAGGUUGACAGGUAAGCAAGGACAAGAUUACGUUUAACAGCUAGCAAACAUAGCUGGUUAUUUUUCUCAUUUGAACAUAGAGGCUAUUUAAGUCUAAUAAGAGUGUCUGUUUCUGUUUGUAAAGGAGUUCAAUGAAAAGGAUGUACCAAAACAGAGACCAGACCAGCUCUCCACCGAGCAAGCUAGCGCGCAGAGACGACCCACAAAGAGGUAGAUAAAAGAUGCAAAUAUGAACGAUUAGCCACUUAGCUUCCCUUUUUCCUCUUGCUCAAUGUUUCCUGUCUUCCAACAGUUCUUCUGUACGUGAGAACAGGCGCCGAGGAGGUGUUUGACGCCCUCAUGCUCAACACGCCAACGCUGUCCGGUCUCCGAGAAGCCGUAAGUAAACGCGCUCUUAACUUCAAAACAUUCCUGAAUGAUCUGACCUGAUUUUCCUCCAUUUUGUCUUUGUUGUCUCCCUCCCGUAAACACACGCUUGCAUAGUACAUCACGCUCACAUAGCAUUGUCUCUACGUGACGCUAUCUCUCAAGCAUAUCAUUUGCCUUUCAGCGGAUCACGCUAACUGUCAUCUUACGUUCCCUUCCUCCCUCAGGUUUCAGAAAAGUACGGUAUGCAAAAAGACACCAUUGGGAAAAUCUACAAAAAAUGCAAGAGAGGGUGAGUGUCUUCAUGCUUUUUUUGUCAGUUGAAGGUGAUGCUAUUGUGCAAGUGGCUUUACACACAUGUUGGAUUCAAAGAGGUCAUUUCAGGCAGGUGAUGGGCAUAAAUUGAGGGCUUAGUUUGUCAUUUCAACCUUAUCCUUCUUGAAGGAAGCUCAGGUCGACAGACAGGGUGGGUAGGUUGGUUGGCUCAGCCUGCUGGAAUGUGUUAAUUGUAUCCUCUAAAAGAAAGACGGGUGACUGAAAGGGAAUCAUUUUUGAAGUCUUUCAGAUGAGUCACAGCUGAUUGUUGUGCUUCUUAUUGUUUUCAUAACCUCAUCUCAUUCGACCAUCAGGAUGUUUCUGUUGUUAAAAGAGAUAUCUAGUUUGAUUAAGCUGAUUCCCGUCUCUAACUAGAGGUUGUCCGUCCAGUUUUUAACCUUUUCCAUCCUGUUACAUUUUUAUCAGCUUAACAGUAACAUAGGUACAGCUAUAUGCUCGCUCCGCCCAACAAAAAACCCCAUGACACAUUUAUUGCGACACAUAGUCUACAGCUGUCAAACUUAUCCUAGUCUGAGCCUCUGUCUUUAAAUUAAAAGAAGAGAUCAGAGGACAAGUGUUGGUAAAAUCUCCUUAGGAGACACUGGAACACCUUUGGGUGGUUUUCCCCGCUGCGUGCUUGUAGCAGGCACUUCAGGGGGGAGCAGCUAAGCUAACAGGUUCGGUUACAUUCUCCCCGCGGUUUCCUCCCUCCUCUUCACCUCUUGUCUUCAAUCAGCCUUGUCCCUGCAGGCAGAAUGCAUAAGUUCAGUCAUUAAAGCCUUUAAGACUUACAGGUUAGAUUGAGCGGAGGGAGGGAGGAGGAGGAAGGUGACCUGAUUUACUACCUGUACUGAUGCAGGAGAUAGACUGCCCGGCUGUUUUUUAGACUCAGGUGCUUCCUCUAAACAAAUGACAUGUUGUCCAAAUAACAAACCUUGUGUCCUGUUGCCUGUGAGUGAAAAAUAGAGCAUGAAGUGUUAAGAGUCAGUGUACUAUUCAAAGACAGCUCUGUUUCAGUGGUGUGUUCAGAGGGGUGGUAAGGGGUGGCACAGCCCCCACUAAAUUAGUUCAGCCUUAAAGUUCUGGACUAGAGGUAAAAACUAUUUGCGCUGUAACAAGACAUGUAGUUUUCUUUGCAUAUAAUUGUAGCGCAUUUUCUUAACUCAUACAUUUUUGUAAGUGUUGCCACUCAGAAAAAAUAUAUAUAAAUAUACGAAUACAUAAUCUCAUGUAUAAUCUAAUUAUGGAUGUAGGCACAAUACAGGCCACCCCUGCAAAAGUGAGUUGGGCCACCCAAGUCAAAAUAGUUUGGAUCCACCCCUGCUCUGUUUUUAUUUUAUCAUGUUGAGUUUCUUUGUGUAUACCUGACUAACUCUUUUUCCUCAUCUAUUCUCCAGGAUUUACGUCAACAUGGACGACAACAUCAUCGAACAUUACACCAACCAGUCGGCCUUCCUCAUCGAGAUGUCCGAGGUCGCCUCCGGACAGUUCCAGGUCACCCUUAUUGAAGUAUGAAAACCAGCAUCCAGUCAGCUGCCUGCACCACUGAAGGAUGUUUUAAAAGAAGAAUUCACAGCUGCCUUUUUAAACCAUCUCCAAAAGCACUGCCCGACCAAAGACAAUGUGAGCUGUGACUGCCAAAACCAGUACGAGAACUGGACUGAAGAGACCCUUUCCAGUUUCAAGCUAAACCUCAAAGCCUUUUCUCGGUUAUGUAUAUACCACUUACCCCAGUUCUCCUGACAUGUUUGUUUGAAUUUAAUAUUCUAACGUAAGAGCAUUUAUCAUGAACAGUUUGUAUAUAUAAUGUAAAUAGAUUUUAAUAUGACAGUGUUUAAUGAAACAGCCAUGUGCGUGUCGCGAUCCAUUAUUUCCGCAAAUUAUGUAUUUCAAUUUUUUUACAGAGCUCUGCACAUGACCUGUGUACAGAGUGUUUUUCAUUUAUGCAUUUUAUAAGAGGUUGCUGUUCUUGCUGCUUUCAAUGUACUCAUCAUUUCUUCUACAAAACUCACCCACAACCAACUCAUGAUGUUGCCACGAGUGUGUUCCUGUUGGUUCCUCUUAGUUUCACGACUAUUGUAGCCCGACACUGGGCAAAGUUCAGAACCAAAAGUCAGACAUUUCCACCAAACAAACCACACAAGAGUUAGUAUUGGCCCUCAUUUAGCCCAAAAUGUGGACAUUUCCUGCCUGUAUAGGGUAACCACAGACCUGACCCCCUCCCUCUCUCCUUCUCCCCUAACCCUGCCAGAGGUUUUUCACGGUAUGCAUGUACGUGUGUGUGUUUGUGUGUAAGAGGUUGCAGGAUUUUUUUUCCUCCUAUAUGCAUCAUUUCAAAUCAAACAUGUAUCCCUGUUAUAUUUCAUUAUUUACCAUGGCAAUUCUGGUUGUAUUAGCAUAUCUUGCCUCUUUUAUAAGAAAAUAAAGAAAAUGCAUGAUAGA